UCGUUUCGCUAUACCAAAGGAAAUCAAACUAAAGGGAUCAAACCAAACGACAGCCAUGGCGAGUGAACCAAUUCCGUCCGCCACCGCCGCCGCAACUCCCCCCGAAAAUGGACACUGUUCGAUAUUCGACCUCACUGUCAACUUCUUCGAUUCGUGUCGUUUACUUUCUCCUUCUUUAACUUCACUCUUCCAGCCUCUCUCCAUCUCUGAGAAUUCUUCUUCAGAAAACCCUAAUAAUACCGAAGACAUUGAAGAAAAGAGCACCAAACCCGGAGUCGCUUUGCCUAGAUGGACUUGCAAUACCUGCAAGGCUGAGUUUGACUCUCUCCAGGACCAGCGCUCCCACUUCAAAUCCGACAUUCAUCGUUUAAAUGUAAAUUUUCUCUCUGUUUCUUUUCAAUUUGCUUUAUUUGAAGUUGAUAAGGGAGCUUAUCCUCGCAGUGAUGCACAUAAGGGAUUGAUUGAAAAUAUUAGGAAGAAGUUGUUAAUUCUUCUUCAAACCGGAGAGAGAGUUUCAGUUUGGAAAUCUUUAAUUUUGAACGAGUCUGAAAGUGUUCUAUAUGAGAAUGAUAAAGAAGUGUGGAGCCAUAAUCCUGGGUGCUUGAGAGAAAAUGAGGUGAUUGAGAGAUUGAGAACUUUGAUUCAAGAGCCUAAGGAUAAUGCAAUUUUCAGGAUUGUGUUGCUUUCGAGUGGUGGACACUUUGCUGGUUGUGUGUUUCAUGGCAACACAGUGGUGGCUCACAAAACAUUCCACAGAUAUGUUGUGAGGGCCAAGGCUGGUAAGAAACAGUCAUCAAAAGAUGCAACCGGGAAGGCUGCGCAUUCUGCUGGAGCUGCACUCCGGCGGCAUAAUGAACUUGCAUUGAAGAAGGAAAUUCAAGAGUUGCUUGCUUCUUGGAAGUCUUAUUUCGAAGCUUCAUCAUGUGUUUUUAUUCAUGCUCCUUCAAGCAAUCGUAAUGUGUUCUUCAAUGGGGAUAAACCUUGUUUUAGUCAUCAUUUCUGUGCUGUCCGGAACGUUCCAUUAACUAUUCGUAGGCCCACCUUAAAGGAGGCUAAGCGUAUAUACAGCCAACUUACACAAGUUUCGUAUGAAGUGAAGAAGGAAAUUCCACCAGGCAUCAAAGAAGAUAUGUUAAGUAGUAGCACCAAUAAUAAUGGCAACCUAGACUCCUGCAAAGAGGAAUUAGAGGACAACUUGAGUGGUAACGAUGCUUCCAAAAUUCCUUCAAACAAUGUAAAAGCUGAUACUAUAUCAAGCGAGAGUGAUAGCGAAGUUGUUUGUACCUCAACACCUUUGCAUGAAGCUGCACAAUCUGGAGAUGCUCAAAAGGUUCUGGAACUCCUGGAGCAGGGUUUAGAUCCCUGUAUUAAAGACCAAAGAGGACGAACCCCAUAUAUUCUAGCCAGUGAGAAGGAAGUUAGGAAUAUGUUUAGACGGUUCAUGGCAGCAAACCUUGAGAAGUGGGAUUGGAAUUCUGCUAAAGUACCUAGUGCCUUAACUAAAGAAAUGGAGGAAUCUCAAGCAGCCAAGCAGGCAGAGAAAGAUUCCAAGAGAAAAGCCAGAGCAAAGGAACUAAAGAAAUUGCGUAGAGCCAGGGAAAAGAAAGCACAGGCUGAGGCUGCUUCCCAGAAUACCGUAGCCGUUUCACAAAACCAGGCUGCUGUAGCUUCAGUUUCGAAGGGACGGCAAGCCCAACCAGUUGGUGCACAGCGAAUCUCUAAGGAGGAAGAAUUAAAGAGAGCACAGGCCAUUGAGAGGGAAAAGAGAGCUGCCGCUGCUGAGAAGAGGAUUGCCGAAGCAGCAGCUGCGGCCACCCCCACCCACGAUGCUCAAGGAAGUAGCUCAACUGUAGGAUCGACAUCUAGUAUACAACCGAAAGGUGGAGGAUCGGGUCCAGGCGAUUUUAACUGCUCCUGUUGUAAUAUAUCAUUGGCUGGAAAAGUUCCUUUUCACAGGUAUAAUUACAAGUAUUGCAGCACCUCUUGCAUGCAUGUCCACAGAGAGAUUCUUGAAGAGACAUAACUUUUUUUUUUCAAGUGGUUACGAGGCGUAGUUGAAUUUCUCUUACAUUUUUUGCUUAUAUAUUGUCUCAUGUUUUCCAUAUUUAUUCACAAUUAAUAAAUAUAUUGCAUUGCUGAUAAAUCAUCUUCCUUCCCUCUCCCA